AUGUCUAAACUCGUCCCUCUCACCGUCAUCAAGGGCGCCGGCCACGAAUUCAUCCCUCUGCCCCAGGGCGAGAACGCCACUGUGGCUGACUUCCAUACCAUCCGCACAAAGACCGAUGCACCCGCUCACAUCACAUCCGGCUUCUACAAGAUCGAGGCCGGCCCUGCUCGUCCUGCGCACUAUGACUUUGAGGAGAGCAAGUAUGUCUUGAGUGGUCAGAUUGACGUCUUGGACGAGGCUACUGGUAUCACUCAUCAUCUGGUUGCCGGUGAUUUUGCUUUCUUCCACGUUGGCUCCAAGGUCAAGGUCAGUACUCAUCCGCCCAUCCCGCUUCCAGGAGACGCAAUAUUGACGUAUAUGCAGUUCUCUACCCAAUCUCAGGGUUUUGCGUUCUACGCUGUCACUCGACCUGUUCGUGCGCCUCAUCCCAACCUCAAGGGUCGUGAGGAGGACACCAAGUCCCGUCUGUAA